AUGUCCCACACCCACCAAAACAAGAAGGCCUACGCCGGCGCCCGCUCCCAGAACCAAUCCGCCAUAACCUCCUUCUUCUCUCCGGCUUCUGCCUCGCCUGCCGACGCUCCAGUUUCCGCAUACGCUGCUCCCAUCCUCCCGCCCGCCAUCCAGUCCAACCUCCUCAACGUGGGCAUGCGCAUCCGCAAGUCCGUCCCUGAAGGCUAUAAGACCGGCUCCUACAGCGCAUUCACCCUCUUCUCUGACACCACCGUACCCACAACUACCACCACCAUCACCACAACCACCAUGGCCCCGUCCGCACCCAUAACUUCUACAUCCCCCAAGACCCGUCCGCGCUCUGGCAACCGGGAAUUGACCCCGUUCUGUGGGAGUGCGAUACUGAGAGUUGGCGGUAUGAGUUCGCAGCAGUGGGGUGCCUACAGUCCGGAGAAUGAAACGGAGGAUGUCCCAUUGUUGACGAGUAGUCAGGGGAGCGUGGGGAGUGAGGAUGGAGAGGUCUCUACGCCUGUCGGUGGUAAUAAGCGGAGAUUUUUGGAGGAGGAAGAGGCUGAUGAUGGUGUGGUGGUCAUGGGUGGUAUCUCUCCUCUGGGGAUACUUGGGGAGACAAGACGACUGGCUGUGCCGAGACGGAAGAAGACUUGGAGUGGGAAUGGAAAGCUGCCUGCGCACGCUGGUCAAGUGCGAAUUUUUGGGCAGGAGAAUUCUGGGGUGGGCGUCGCGGGGGAUUUUGAGGAUGCGGAUUUCUUGGACUACGAGUUAGCAGGAGAGGUGGAGAUGAGUGGGUGCAAUUAA